UUAAAUUAUAUUUAAAAAUUACAUUUGGAAUCAUGAAAGUUUUUGUGGUAGUACUUGCCGCCUUGGCUUUGGCUGCCCCCAUCUUUGGCAGGACCAUGAAUCGCUGUUCUUUGGCAAGGGAAAUGUAUGCCAUGGGUGUGCCCAAAUCCGAAUUGGCUCGAUGGACUUGCAUUGCCGAACAUGAAUCGAGCUUCCGCACUCAUGUUGUUGGUCCCGCCAACUCGGAUGGCUCCAACGAUUAUGGCAUUUUCCAAAUCAACGAUAGAUACUGGUGCAAACCAAGAAAUGGAAAAUCCUCACACAACAAUUGCGGAUUGAGCUGCGACUCCUUGUUGACUGAUAACAUCAAAAACUCUGUCAACUGUGCCCGCCUAGUUAUGAGGUCACAAGGCUGGGAUGCUUGGUCUGUAUGGCCAAAGUGUAGUGGCAAAUUGCCGAGCAUUGAUGAUUGCUUUUAAGUGACGCAUUAGUGUGUGGGUACAGCCGAUAUAUUGUUUCACUUUGGUACCCAUUGGCUUCACAUUUUUAAUUUUUUUUUUUUUUAAUAAAUAGCCCCAAAAUAGUUUUAUUUGACUAUAAAAAACACCUGUCGAAUAAACCGAUUUCAAAUGUACAUUAAAUUUUCUUUUA